UGAAAGAUAGCAGAAUGAGUGUUAAGCUGACUGUGCUGAGUUGCGGACGUUGUUUUUCUGUAUUCAUCUUAUCUUUGAAUCAUGUCAUCAGAUUCAACAGUAAAGCCCUUAAUUCCAAAUUGGUUGGAUAGUAAAUUUUUAGAAGGAAUCUUGAGGAAUUACUACAAGAACGAUGGAAUUAAACUAAUUCGUUUUGAUGUGAGAUCCACGGCCAGUAAUGGUGAGAGUUUUAUGAGUUCAAUGUAUCGAGCUAAAGUGGAUUUUAAGUUGUCGUUGGAAGCCGCAGAUGGUCAAGAAUCUACACUACAUUUAAUCAUAAAAGCAGCUAUUGAUGAACUGAAAGAUGCGUUAUCCAAUUUCGAUGUCUAUGAAAAAGAAGUGGAAUUCUACGAUCAAAUUGCUCCAAAAAUUAAUGCAAAAUUGAAAGAUUUGAACGAGCCCCAGCUGUUGCCCGAGUGUUACGGUGUUUGCAAAGAGAAGAAAAUUAUGGUGAUUGAAGACUUAAGCGCUAAAGGAUACACUACAUUACAUGGUCCGAACAAGUGUAACAUUUCUGAAGCAAAGGCCAUUUUAAAGAGAAUAGCUGUGUUCAACGGAAUUGGUGUUGUGUUGCGAGAAGAUAAAUCGGACAUUUUUGCAAACUUCAAGAGCGGUCAUUUGAGUCGGGAUGUCCUCGUCUUCGUUGAUAUGUACAAGGGACUAUUCGAUGCUCUUCUGGACACCAUUUCGUCUUGGCCAGAAUUUUCCAGUUAUCAUGAAAAAUUGAGCAGUUUCCGCAAAAAUCUUCCUGAACGGUGGCAUCAAGCGUUGGAUUUGAAUCCCAAUCACCUUAACGCGUUAGUUCACAACGAUUUAUGGCCACCAAAUAUUAUGAUCAGAGGUGAAACUAUAUCUGUUGACGCUCCGUUCGAGAACAUUACCUUUAUUGAUUUUCAAAACACAUUAUGGGGUUCACCUGCCGCUGAUUUACACUUGUUCUUGAACAUGUCUAUGUGCGAAUCAUUGAUGCCCGAUCGAUUUGAUGAGCUGGUCGAAUUUUAUUAUUCACAGCUGGUCAGCGUCUUACGAAAGCUGAACUGCAAAUGUAUCAUUCCCACUUGGACUGAAUUUCAUUCACAAUAUUUCGACCGGAAGUUUUUGGCUUUUAUCGCGUCGUGCUUGGAACAAUCAGUAACUAUUGAUAACAAUGGCGAUGUGGAAUAUAAUGAUCUUAUCGUAAAUGACGAAAGAAGCAUGAAAAUUAAACGUAAACUGUAUCAGAAGCCUAAAGUGCAGGUUCUUUUAAGGAAAAUGAUUCCAUACUACGUCCAAAUUGGUACUUUUGAUUGAACAGCAGCCAACCGUAAUUUUAAUAGAUUGUGAUCAAAACCGGAUAGUAUUUGAAUGUUUUAUAUGAAAAUGAUAAUAUGGAAAUUUCAAUAAAAAAAAUUUCAG